AUGCUUCAUGCGUUUUUAGAUCGCGUGGAUGUGAGAUCUUUGGACACCCCUACUCUGCGUCUCGUCUUGGACCAUGUGAAUUCGUGCCUGCCGCCUUUGCCGUCUACAUCGCCAUCAGAGCAGGAGGCACGCGAGGCUAUGCGGCAUGCGAUCGGUGCACGUAUCUCUAUACCCAGUGACAUGGACCUGGCAUUGCAAGUGGAAGUCUAUGCCCUUCGCGGCGAUCUACGUGAAGCCUUGGAUCGUCUCGCUACGUUGCUUACUACACACACAAUAGCGCUUGAGCGUGUGCAGGCUCAAGCCCUACGUGGACAGCAUCUACAUAUGCGUAGAGACCCGGCGCUGGAUAGCGUCUACCGCGCGAUGCGGGCUGUUCUAGAUGUAUGGUUGGCACAAAGCACACGCGAGAAGCAGCAGGACGACUAUGCCGGCAAAGCCGCUGCGCAGGCAGCUGCCUGGCUGUGGGCUCAUCCGCUGUCGUUUGCACUUAUUCAACCACCAUUCCCGAAAGUCAUUCAGGCCGUGUACACACUGCUCUCGUCCGUCAAGGAUGCACGGGAACAUGUCCAGCACGUCUUACAAACACCACGUAUGGCGCAAGUUCGUUCGCAUUAUGCCGGUCUAAUAGCCCUGGCCUUUGCGAAUCGCGGAGCCCCUCAUAUUGCCGCUCAGCUUUUGGACUUGAUAUGGGAGCAUGGCAUCGAACCGCAUGAGGCUGUGGUGCGUCGCACGGCGCGGAUGUGUGCACCACAAAGGCAGGCCACCGUGAUACAGCCUCUUGUGACGUGGCUCGAAUCUCAUGCCAAGGAAGCAUCCUCCUGGAAAUGGCUUGUGCUGUACCAUGCAGAGCGGGGCGAUGUGCAGGCCAUGGAGUCGGCCCUUUCGCACUUGCCUGUGCAUGACGAGAAACGUUCGUAUGCGUACCUAGUAUGCGAGGCCAGUCGUGGUGAUGUGGUGGCUGUGCAUCGGCGGAUCGGCCGUGUGCCGCGCAACGAAGACGAAGCUUUCUGGCUUCUACGUGCGCAUGUCCGCCAGGAUGAUCUGAGUGGUGCACGUGAUGUCUUCACAGCGGCUAGCAGUGAAUACGCAUCGGAACGUUUGUACAGUGAGAUGGCGCGUAUGUUGGCGCGUACUGGUGAUGCUACAGAAGCCAUGCAUCUCGCUGCGCAAUUGGAAGGGGCUGGCCUGGUGUGCUCGGCAAACACGCUGACCUACCUUGUACAAGCGCUCGGCCGGGCGCAGCUUCCAGAGCGGGCAGCAGCGCUCAUGGCGCAUCACCAAGCGCGAGGCACGCCUUUGGCUCGUCGUGUGUAUACGGCCCUGAUGAACGCGUACAUUCGCGUCGGCCACUAUGCGGCGGUCAUGGGUAUUUUCAAGUUUUUGACGCAGCAGCGCGAUGUGGCGCUGCAGCCAGAUACUGCAGUGUACAACACGUUCUUAAAAGCGCAUGUGUAUCGCGGCACACCUGUCGCACAUGUGCUGCGCAGUCUACUAGAUAUGAGACGCCGUGGCUUAGCCCCAGAUGCGCGGACCUAUGCAUUGGCGGUGCAGAGUGCCUGCGAUGGGCGACGUAUGUCGUUGGCCGAGGAACUAUUUGCCCUGGCGGACAAGUCGCUCGCUGAUGGCGCUUCGUUGGAAUUGCACACCAUUAUGCUGCAUGCCUACUUACGCGAGGGCGAGACGUCAAAAGCGCGAGCGAUGCUUGAUCAAGUGAAAGCGCGUGGCAUUGAGCCGAGUCACGUCACGAUGGGCGUAUUGAUUCGCAGCUAUGCCAGCGGCACAGAGUCCAGUCUCCAUAUUGCGCAGGACCUCGCAAUGCAGCUGGUGGCAGAGGCCCAAGGACCACGUGAUAUAGACGCGUGGCGGGUGCCCGCUCUUGAUCAGGGUCCGAUGUACGAAGAUGUGCUGGUGCCGCUGAUUGAUGCACAUGGCCGGCGUGGCGAUGUAUGGGCGGCCGAACACGUGUUCCGUCACUUGGUGCAUGCAGGCCAGCCGAUUUCGCCGCGAGCCUUGACAGCGCUUAUGAAUGCGUACCGCUACGCGGGUGAUGUCCAAGGGGUGCUACGUCUGUGGGAUGAAUUGUACGAUGAGCUUGUGCCGUGGGUCAAGGCGCAAGUCUCUGCGGCCGAUGCCCUUUCUGCGAACACAGCCGGUAGGGAGGAGCCUAGUAUUGGGCCGUACCAACGAAGCCUGCUAUGCUUACCCCUGUCGAUUGUAAUCGAGAGUGCGUCGCGGGCAGGCAUGCAUGAUCGUGUUGCGGAGAUUUGGACACGUGCCAAGCGCGAUGGCUUCGCUUUUGAUGCGCACAACUGGAACCAUUUGUGUGCGGCGCUAGCACGCGCUCAUCGUCUUCGUGAUGCCUUGCACAUCAUUGAACACGUACUACCAGAAUCACCACCGCAGGCACAUCAGCGGGCAGUACGGAUCGACGGGAUCUCGCCGUCGAGCUAUGUGCGCGCCGCUCAAAAUGAAAAGGACGAAGAGGCAUUUGCACGCGAUCCCCUCUACCGAUCUACAUCGACGCAUGUGGACUUGACCAAGCUGGGACCGACACAUCCGCCUCACCGGCGCGAGCAGCUCCCGGCAUCCGACAUGACAUCCGAGACCACGGACACGGACGUCAUGCGCCACUUCCUUCUGGAGCCACGCCGUCAAUGGUUCGCGACGUACCAUACGCUGGAGGCGCUCGACAAGGCGCUCGCGCAGGAUCGAUCAGCAGAGGAAGCGUUGCUGCCCGAGUACCCGGUGGCGGCCUCGUGUCUUGCCCAGUUCCGUCAUCGCUAUCCGACGCUGCCUUCGUCUUCUGCCUCGGCCUCGACGUCGGCCUCGUCCUCGCCCUAG